ACAUGGGAAGUGAAGCUACACUCCAUUUACAUAGCUCACAUUAAGCAAUUGCACAAAUGCUGUCAGGGGUGGCAUGACGCCAGCCAGUGACUUAUCAAGGCAGAUAUCUCAGCCCCUUGAACAAAAAUAAGGAGGGGGGAGAUAUAAAUGUUGUCAGUCCUCUGAGCUUUGCUGGGAGCCUUUGCUGGAGACAAGGGGAGAGCAGUGAUCUCUUUACUACAGCUGGACUAGAUCAGCACUGAGCUACUACUAUGGGCUUCUCUGAACUGGCAUCCUCAGGGCAGGAAUUAAGUUUUGGGAAUGGCAGCACUUUGGAUAAUGCCACCACCAGUGAGACUCCCUUUGUGUUCCCUAAUGGGAGCAGCAUCGCCAAGUCUAUGAACAGUUCCGAUCUCCUGAACAGGGAUGAAGAGCUGGCUAAGAUAGAGAUAGCAGUGCUGGCUGUGAUCUUUGUGGCUGCUGUUCUGGGCAAUUGCAGCGUCUUGUUGGGGCUUUACAAGUCCAAGAAGAAAAUGUCUAGGAUGCACCUUUUCAUAAAGCACCUAAGCCUGGCUGAUCUGGUGGUGGCUUUUUUUCAGGUGCUCCCACAGCUCUGCUGGGAGAUCACUUACCGCUUCUAUGGUCCAGACUUUUUGUGCCGGAUAAUAAAGCAUCUUCAAGUGUUUGGGAUGUUUGCCUCAGCCUACAUGCUUGUUGUAAUGACUGCUGAUCGCUAUAUAGCUAUUUGCCACCCUCUGAAGACCCUCCACCAGCCUACCAAGAGGUCCUACCUGAUGAUCGGUAGCGCUUGGAUCAUCAGCUUCAUCCUUAGCACACCUCAAUAUGGGAUCUUCUACCUGAAAGACCUAGGAGAUGGGGUGUAUGACUGCUGGGCUGACUUCAUCAGCCCCAAAGGACUAAAGGCAUACAUCACAUGGAUUACUAUUAGUAUCUUCGUGGUGCCGGUGAUCAUCUUGCUGACCUGCUAUGGCUUUAUUUGCUACAAUAUCUGGAGGAACAUCAAGUGCAAAACCAAGAAAGAUGAGUCCGAUCACAAGAGGAGCAAUGGGCUACUCUCUACAUCUGUUAGCAGCGUGAGGACCAUUUCCAGAGCCAAGAUUAGAACAGUCAAGAUGACUUUUGUGAUUGUUACAGCCUAUAUCAUCUGCUGGACCCCAUACUUUACCAUCCAGAUGUGGUCAGUGUAUGCAGAUAACACCAACUGGAUAGAGAAUGAAAACACUAUAGUCACCGUGUCCGCUUUGUUAGCAAGUCUGAACAGCUGCUGCAAUCCCUGGAUAUACAUGUUUUUUAGUGGACACCUACUACAAGAUUUCAUCCUGAGUGUUCUAUGCUGCAGCAGGUUCAAGCACAACAUGAGCAAAGAGGAUUCUGACAGCAGUACAAGGAGACAGACAUCUUUUACCAGGAUCCAAACAAGAAGUCCAACCCACAGUACUGACACCUGGAAAGAGUCUCCCAAAUCAUCCAGAUCUAUUAAAUUCCUGCCCCUGCAAACCUGAAAAUGGCAGCUGCCUCCAAUGUACACUUAGCCUCAAAGCUUUGACUCGAUGCACUUUAAAUGCAUACCUUGUAAAUGUGCAGUACAUGGUGAACAACAAUAAUAUUAGCAAGAAAAUGUCUAUUUUAAGUAAUAUCAAAUAUAAUGUAUAAUGUAUUGUGUCUAGGAUGAUGUGUGCACACCUCAAAUAAGCAUGCUUUGUGUUUAGCGGCUAUACAUUCAAAAACCAAACCCCCAUCUACCUUUCAAUGUUACUACACUGUACAUAAAGAAUGAUGUGAGAAGUAAAAUUACUUGGACUGUACACAAAAUAAAGUCAUUUAUAUUGUAUAUACAA